AUGUAUGAGGAGCCGCCGCUGGAACCGAAUGGGCGCAAGUAUCGCUCGAAGAAGCAGAGACCAUGCGACCUCUGCCGCUCCCGAAAGAUCCAGUGCAAGCUGCAAGGCAACUGGACUGCCUGCGAACUAUGCCAGAGACUGCGUCGUCAGUGUACCUUCGUCAUCGGCCCUCUCCAGAGGAAGAAACGGCCCCGCAGCGAUGAUAUGAACAAUUUGAUGACGGAAUCGAGUCAAGCGGCAGGCGGGAUGCGGCUGGGAUCGAGGUAUUUGCCUAGCGGUCGCGAUGUCGAUGGCGUCACGAAUUUGGACAUGGACGUGGAUAUUAAUGCCGAUAACACCUGGUUGCCCCAAGGAGAUCGCCAAGGCUCUUCAAAUUCUCAGGAGAUACAUGGACUGCGGGCCGAUUGGUUUUCGGCGGGGAACCUGUUUGGGAGGACUCCCGGUGAUAACGGGCAAGCUUUUCCUGAAACACAAUAUGAGCCUGAUAGCGCGUUCAUACUCGACGUCGUCCCACAAAUGAGCACCAUUAUGGUGCGUGGGCCGUCACCGAGAACAGCUCUUGCCACGUCCCCGAGCGAAUCUACGUCGAGCAUUUCUGGUGCGCCCGGACAAGAAGACCCUUACCUUGCUCAAACAACGGCGGAAGGAGGACCAUCUCGCAACGGCAUUCCACAAAAUCUAGGUCUCCCUGCUGCUGAUACGCUCCGUGAGCGACGCAGUGCACAGCAUGCUUUGGACUGGCCGCCCGAAUUCUCGCUGGAGUCCAGGAAAGGAUACUCCAACCAGCUGGUUGGUUUAUCUGGCGAGUCGGACCCAUUUCUCCUUCGACACUAUCGAUAUGACGCGACCGAUACCUACCGGAUGUUACGCCUUGAUUUUCGGAAAGUAUCAGACGAUACGAAGGCACCGGGUCUGGCUUCAAACUCAUCUAGAGACAACCUAGAUCCGUCCACCGCCCACAACUCGAUACAUUUCAUGAUGUGCGACGAAAUUAUAUGGAAGGAUGAAGUCAAAGCUACGGAAAGACUAUUGGCAGGAAGCGAGGGUACAGAGGCCGCGGACAUGGCACUUCUCAACGAAAUAGUGACCCCGGAUUUGGGGGUUCGGUUGCUCAAGCUAUACUCCCAAUUUGUCCAUCCCCGGUACCCUGUGCUCUCGCUUGGCGAGUUGACGCACAUGGCCAAGUCCGACGGCAGCUCGUCUCUCCCCGUAGGUAUUCGAAGCGCUGUAUAUGCCCUAGCUGCGCCAUUCAGCUUUCUGGAUGACGAGCUUAGCGUGUCAAAGGGUUAUUGGGAGGUACCCACAGAGAACCUAUGGGCUAUUGCGCACCGCAGCUUUCACCGCGCGACCUGUUCGUCUCACAUAUCCUCCCUGCAGCUCUGCCUGCUUCUCCUCCAGAUGCCUCCCCAAAGCUUCGUGGUCGCGGAGCCUCCCAAGUUUUGGGCGCUGUCUUGUUCCGCCGUGGCUAUUGCAGAGAAUCUGGGCAUAAACAUAGACCCUUUGAAUUGGCGGAUUCCUCGAGAACAGGUGAUGCUUCGGAGAAGGCUUUGGUGGCUGACCUACGUUGUGCACACUUGGCACGCCAUCGUCUACGGCCGGCCGUCGCACAUCACCGACACGAAUUGGUGUGUUUCAAAGCUUACAGCAGACGAUUUUGAGAAGGGUGAAAACGAAGGACCAGAGCUUCAAACCUCUAUCCUACGGCAGAUUUCCAUCUGUAUGGCGCAAUGUGAACUCGGGAUAAUUGCUGCAGAUGUUCUGAAGGAAUUCUACAGCUCGCUUAGGGCUCACUGGGAAUCGCCGACGCUCGACGCGCUCCUGACACGGGCCCAACCCCUCCGAACCCGGAUCGAGAGUUGGAGGCAAACGCUUCCCUUGCUGGCGACUCCUGUUUCCGAGUUGAGCGAGGAUGGUCUCGACGAUGGCGCUGCCUUGCGUCUAUCGCAUCUCACGUUGGAAAUUCUUAUUUUUCGCGCGCUGCUCCGGCCCCUUUAUUACGAUGCCGCUCUCUGUAGAGAUGAUUGCCGAGAACCGAUCUCGACAAUUUUCGAGAAUUGUUACGUCUGUGCUAAUGUGGCAACGGAAAUUGUCUCAUCUCUUAAGGCUAGGCAUUUCGCGAGCUUCUGGCCGCCUUCCAGAGCAUGGCCACUUGCUCGACUGGCGACCAUGAGACUGGACGCCAUCUUCUGGAAGGGCGUAGACUCGGUGGUCUAUGGAACGGGCCCAAUUAGCCCCGCUAUGAGGCUUCUCAAAGAUUCGGGGCCUGGCGCUCUUUGCGAAGAGUAA